CUCGAUCUUAAUUAAAUGCGUGUGCCAGCUAAGGAGACUCAACUCUUCACAAGGAUAGGCGUAUGGACACAGCCAGAACCUCGAUCUUAAAUGCGUGAGGGAGCCAAUUAAGGAGACUCGAUCAGCUCUUCACAUGCACAAGCGUAAAAGCAUAGCCAAUACUUCCAUCGUCCAGCCUCUGGGGGGUCAUGCUGUGGACGGUGGAGCUGGCCGGGGGACCACAGCGGGUCAACCAUGCUGCGGUGCCGGUGGGGGACAGGAUCUACUCCUUCGGCGGCUACUGCACCGGGGAGAACUACCGCACCAUCAGGAACAUGGAUGUGCACGUGCUGGACACAGUUACCUACAGGUGGAAGGUGAUCGAUGUCCACCAGACGAGGAAAGUGGUGCCCUUCCAGAGGUACGGGCACACAGCCGUCGCCUUUGGGUCUCUUGUGUAUGUGUGGGGUGGACGUAACGACAACACCGCCUGUAACAUACUCUACUGCUUCGAUACAAGCACCCACCAGUGGUCUGUGCCGGAGGUGAAGGGGUUGGUGCCCGAGGCGAGGGACGGCCACUCAGCGUGCAUUGUCAACGAUCACAUGUACAUCUUCUCCGGCUACCUGGAGUACAUGGAGUCCUACACGCAGGAGGUCCACACACUCAACCUCCGAACCAUGACUUGGUCCUACGUCAGAACCAACGGUCCUUCUCCAAUUUACCGCGACUUCCACACGGCAACCGGCAUCGAUGGAGUCAUGUUCGUGUGGGGUGGGAGGGAGGUGCCGAGCGGCUGGUACGACUCCCCCGAGCAUGAGGAGUACAGCUCAGAGAUGUACGCGCUGGACACUACCACCAACCGCUGGAGCAUCAUCCCCGCCUCGGGCUGCAUCCCCAUCGGCCGCCGGUCCCACUCUGCCUUUGUUUACAAAAGUUACAUCUACGUCUUUGGAGGCUUCAACAGUAAAGAAGAUCGCCACUUCAAUGACUUGCACAGAUUUGAUCCAGUGAGUCAGCACUGGGAGUGUGUGAAGCCCCUGGGUGUGGGCCCCUGCCCCCGCCGCCGCCAGUCCUGCUGUGUGGUGGGCUCCAGGAUGUUCCUCUUCGGGGGCACCAGCCCGAAGGAAAAUUACGAGGACAUGACGCCGCCUGAUGACGACGCGUUCAGUGAGGAGUCAACGGACAGACGCCUCAAGGACCACAAUGACCUCCAUGUCCUGGACUUCGAGCCCAGCUUGAAGACCCUGUGCCUGAUCCGAGUGGAGAACCUGAAGCUGGAUACGUCGUGGCUGCCCAGGGAGCUUCAGGCGCUGCUGGAGGUGAUGACCCUGCCCAACAAGAUAACACCGAGGCCACUCAACCACACCGGCUGAUCUCGUGCUCCAGCCUGGCAGCUCAGCCACUCCUCUGUCCAUGUCUGUGCUGCAGCUUCUACACUGAUGCACCGAGGCCUGGUUGGUGUGUGCUGCCCCACCCUCCAGGCUUCUUGAGAUGUCUCUGCUGCAUUUUCUAUAAUGCACCAAGAUCUGCGUUGUUGUGUCUGCCGCCAUCCAGGUCCCAUGAGUUACUUUCGCCGCAGCUUCUACGAUGCACCAAGACCUGGGCUGGUGUGUGCUCCGCCCCCAGGCUUCUCGAGUUGUCUGUCCUGCAAUUAGAGGUUUGCAUGUGGCCCAAAAUGAUGUAGCAUCAGCAACCCAAGACUUGUGGCAGGUGUUCCCACAGAAUAUUUUUCUAACACUAUUUUCUCUGGAAAGAAGUGAAGUAAAACACAAAAGCUGAAUUUCAACUAACCCCAAAGGAAUAAUUGACAGAGGUCUUAAAUGGUAGUUUUACCUCACUUAGCAAGAAGCUAAUGAUGUUGUCACCUGGUUUGAGAACCUUGUCACAAUACACCUGUAGUUUGCGGACACCUGUUCAGUCUUCAAAUUUUCCGUCCCUCCAAGUAAUUUCUGUGCUGCUGUACCUCUUUUGUAAAAACAUCAAAAGUACUUAAAAAAAAAAAAAAAAAGAA